AUGCUCUCCACUGUCAAAAUCCUCGGAGCCCUUCUCCCGCUCAUCUCCCUCGCCAGCCCUCUAGCAACAUCCAUCCCAUCCGGCGACACCAUCCAACUCGCCCUAGGCAACAAACCUGUCAACGUCGGCAGCAUGUGGGGUAACGAACUGCGCGACACCCUAAUUGCCAACCUGCGCACCGCCUGCCCCGACGCGACGCGAGAUUUCUGCGGCGUCGUUCCCGCGGGCAUAAAAGCCAUCUCCAACUUCCCCAUCUACGCCUGGCAUGCGAAGACGCGCCCUGUCAACGACGAAGACGUCACAGAAGUGACGCUAGAAAUCGAAUCGAUGCGGUGGAACGGUAACCGUGAAAUCUACGACAUUCUAAUGGACGCAGUAGCGAGCGCCGCCUCGCUCGCCAUCACAGGCAACUGCAACGAGUAUUGGGUGAAUCAGAAAGUCGGGCCGCCGCUGAGGUAUAAUUUUUGCAACACGGUCGAUCGUGUCAAUGUGCAGUUGCCGGGGGAGAAGGGCCUACACGUGCAUGUUAAAUUGAAGAGUCUGGGGUUCUCGGGGCAGAAUGGCAUGGACUGUGGGAAGGUGAGGGAGACGGCGAUGCAGGGGCUGAUUGGGAUGGAGGGGAGGAUUGCGGGCGCGGUUGGUAAGACAGAGAACCAGGUGUAUACUGCUGCAUAUUGCCUUUGA